AUGAUGGAAUCGGUUUGGCAAACUGAGGGAGUUGAACUAUCCUCCGUCUAUCGUAAAAGGGCCCGUAAAGAACUCAAUGAAGAUGCCAAACAUGUGCAGGCUCAUUUAGAAAGUUUCCGAAGAUGGUUAAAAUCCAUGCCUCAUCUUAAUUGCCCUACCGACGACAAGUUUUUACUGGCAUUUCUGAGAUAUGCAAAGUAUAAUCACUCUAAAGCUCAAGCGCGCUUGGAUAACUACUGUACCUUCCGAACUUCGCCAACUGAGGGGUGCCCUGAUUGGUUUAUUCCUGAAACGAACGAAAGUCAAUUCGUCCGAAAAUUACUUGACCUGAAAGUUUCUGCACCACUAGGAUUUAUCGACAAUGGGGCGGUUGUGUUUCUGGUGAGAUUUUGCAAAGUUGACGAUAAUGAAAUAUCAUACGAAACUAUGCGACGUCUGGACAAAGUUCUUGAUGAAAUCUGCAUCUAUGAUGAGAGAAAACAAAUCGGUGGCUAUGUGUUAAUUUUCGACUUCACUGGAGUGUCCAUGCGUCAAGCCAAACUUACAUUCGGCCCAAAAAGCAGCAAACUUGAAGGUCAAUAUUAUCAGGUUAGAAAGCAUAUUUAA